GAUGAUUCUAUGCUUCGAAACCCGAGAAUCUCUGGAACUUAAUUUUAGAUUCCGGUCUGAGCGGGGGCGUCCCGUGACGUCACACGGAUCCCGAAAGAGGAAAGUGGCGACCACAGGUGAUUCUUCAAUCCUCUCGGAUUCUCUUCUAAAACCAUCGGAAGAAGAUAAUUUUCUUUGUGGCAGGAAGGAGUAUUUUUCGUCACUUAACGGGAUAUAAGAUCAGUCAAGUGACAGAAAAAGAAUGCAUAACGAACAUGACGAAGAAGAAUAUGAAGGAGAAGAAAUAGACUUGGAUUCCAUAGAAGAUGAACAAACUCUAAUCGAACUGCUGGAUGAAACAGAAGAUGUGGACGAACGGAAACGAAUUCGAGAUAGGCUAAGGAAAGUUCAAUUUGAAAUUAAAGCACAAAGAGAAAAAGACCGACGCCGAAGGGAAGAUGAACGAGAAGCAGCUAUUCGAAAUCGUCUGAAAGAAGCAGAUGAAAAGAAGCGAAAAACUUUACAGAUGUACAGCGAAAUGGCUAAAGAAGGAGGACCACCGGGAUCUAAAGACCCUCGACUCACCAAACAUAUACCCAAUGCGGAACUUGAGAAAGUAGCUGAAACGGGUGACGUUAUUGAAAACAAUCGCAGGGCAGCUGCAUGUUUAAGUGCUAAACGCCUUCAAGAUUCGUGGAGAGACGCUUUCACAUUGACCACACUUUUCAGCGUUGUAGAGUCAAUCUAUCAUAUAUCAGUGCAAUGCAUUUAA